CAGUUGUCUGUAAGGUGCUCGGUUCUUCUUCGGAAGCUAAGGCCGCGUUGGGGUGACCCCUCACUUCAGCAGGCGACUAGCACCACUACAAACAAGUCUCCUCGUCCAUCCGCUGAAAUGGCCGUCUCCGAGCUCGCUUGCAUCUACUCCGCCCUCAUCCUUCACGACGAUGAGGUUACGGUCAUGGAGGAUAAAAUCAAUGCCCUCAUUAAAGCAGCAGGUGUAAAUGUUGAACCAUUCUGGCCUGGAUUAUUUGCAAAGGCCCUGUCCAAUGUAAAUAUUGCAAGCCUCAUCUGCAAUGUAGGAGUUGGUGGACCUGCCCCAGCAGCUGGUGGUGCUCCCCCUGCUGGAGGGGUUGCUCCUGCUAGCACAGCUGCCCCAGCUGAGGAGAAGAAGAAAGAGGAAGCAAAAAAGGAAGAAUCUGAGGAGUCCGAUGAUGACAUGGGCUUUGGUCUGUUUGACUAGAUAAUUUUUUGUAACAUUAAAUAAAAAGCUUGACUCAACUAAAAA